AUGAAGGCUGCCAGCAGGCAGAAGCUGGACCAGAGAGCAUUUCUGGAGCAGGUGCAUGAAUGCAGGGACAAUGGCUACCUGCUGUCCUCCAAGAAGAUUGGUUCUGGGGCCUUCUCCAAAGUCUACCUCGCCUACGCCACACAGGAGCGCAUGCGGCACAACUGCAAGCUGGCCUCUGACCUGCGGGGCAAGCGCCACACCAUGGUAGCUAUCAAGAUCGUCCCCACUGCGGAGGCCCCUGCAGAGUUCUUCUGCAAGUUCCUGCCUCGUGAGAUUUCAUCACUCAAUGCUACCUACAAGCACCUGAACGUGGUGCAGCUGUAUGAGACCUUCGCGAACAGCCGGCGCACCUACUUGGUAUUGGAGCUGGCGGCCCGCGGCAACCUGCUGGAGCACAUCAAUGCCAUGUCUGCUCACCACCGCUGCCCGGGACUGGAGGAGGAGGAGGCCCGCAGGCUGUUGUGGCAGCUCGUCAGUGCCGUGGCGCACUGCCACAACUUAGGCAUCGUGCACCGGGACUUGAAGUGUGAGAACAUCCUGCUAGAUGACAGAGGCUGCCUAAAGCUGAGUGACUUUGGCUUUGCCAAUUGGUCCGGGCUCAAGAACUCAUUGCUGAGCACCUUCUGCGGGUCUGUGGCCUACACAGCCCCAGAGAUCCUCAUGAGCAAGAAGUACAACGGGAAGCAGGCCGACCUAUGGAGCCUAGGUGUCACCCUCUAUGCCAUGGUGACUGGGAAGCUGCCCUUCAAGGAGUGCCAGCCCCACCGAAUGCUGUACCUGAUGCGCCGGGGCCCCACCUUCCGGCCAGGCCUGUCCCCAGAGUGCCAGGACCUGAUCCGAGGCCUACUCCAGCUGCACCCACGAGCUCGCCUGGGCCUGCAGCAGGUGGCCACCCACCCCUGGAUGCUGCCUGCUGCACACGCGCUCUUCUGUACCACACUCUGCGCUAUACCAGAAAAAACAGAGAAGCCCCAGCUCCGAACAUCACUGGACAAUGUGAAGCCCAACGCGGACUCUGAUCCCCCAAGGUCGCUCCUGCAACUGUGGCGGCCCCAGCUACAGGGCACCUCUCAUGAGAGUGCUUCUGGUCCGGCGCCUGAGCCCCCAGGGGCUUGCCCGAGACAAGGUGUAGACUCUGCCGGGCUUGAGCUCUGGAGCACGGAGACGGCCGGUCGCACGGUGGGUCACUCCAGGCAUCCACUGUUGCUAUGCUCCAUCCGGAGUGUGCCUGGGCACUACCUGGUUAGCUGA